UUGUCUUCAUUUUACAACAUUUCAAUGGAUGUCUUCGAUGUUCUACAAGGCGUUAUUGCUCAAAAACGGAAACAAAUUGACCACAUCGCUAUUGAAACUUCGAAAGGCUCAAAAAUGAUAAAACAUUGUGAUUUAUUCAAAAAAGAAAAGGAAGCCUAUUUAGAAAAACAGAAACAAUUGGAAGAUGAACAAAAACUUGCCAUGACUAGCAAAAGCAUUGAACUAUCAAUUGAUGAAAAAAUGUCUUCAAAUACUUCGGAUUUUAUGCCUCGAAGUGAAGUAAUAAAAAAAUUGAGGAUUAGAGGUUUGCCAAUUCGUUUGUUUGCGGAAUCUGAUGAGGAGGCUUUGAAGAGGUUGAGGAUAGAAUUGGAGAAGCCUGACUUUAAUGUUGGAUUGAAAAAUGAUUUUCAAGCGGCUUUGCUACAAGUUGAAAAUGAGGAGGUUAUGGAAAAGAUUGCUAAAGGAACGAAUAAUACAAAUGAAGCGGAGAAGUUAAACAUUGUAAUUGAGGAAACGGAAGAGGAUGCUACUUGGGAACAAAUUCAGAAAGGAGCAUCCUCACUUGGAGAAGGUGAUGACAAUAAAGAUUGUGAUUUAAUUUUUGCAUUUAUUAAUUAUAUUAUGAAGCGUUGGGCAAAGGAAUUGAAUGCUCGACCAGAACAAAUAAAAAGAAGUCCGGCUGGGAAAGUACAAGCUGGAAUGCAAAAACAGACAGUUGAACAUAUGAAUCCUCUUGUUAAAUCGUUAGAGAAGCAUUCUGUGAAUUCUGAUAUUAGAGCACAUUUAACUACUAUAACUAGAUUUUGUGUUCUAGACAAAGACUAUAUUCAAGCCAACAAUGCAUAUAUGGAAAUGGCUAUUGGAAAUGCUCCAUGGCCUGUAGGUGUUACUCGUUCAGGUAUUCACCAACGUCCAGGAUCUUCAAAAGCUUAUGCUUCUAAUGUUGCACAUGUAAUGAAUGAUGAAACACAACGAAAAUAUAUUCAUGGACUUAAACGUGUAUUAUCUAAAUGUCAAGAUUUCUUCCCUACGGAUCCGAGUAAAUGUGUUGGAUAUGUAAAGAAGCAUGGAUAAAUUAAAAAUUAUGUAUAUUUUUUGAUUAAAUUAAUAAAUAUUUUUACAAAAAAUUUUUUUUUUAAUUUUUCUGUAUUAAUACUAUACAAAUAUAUUUAUUAUUUUUCUUUCGUUUUUUUGACAGACAUAAUAAAAACGCCUGAUAAAUCUAAAUUUCCCUUGUCCUUAUCUAUUAGUCG